CGUCACGGGGUCGCGAGGGGUACGCACUGCUCUCGGCCGGUUUCCCGCCCGUCGUUACCGGGCUCGAGCGUCGGGACGCGCGAAAGGCACACGCGCCGCGGCCGCGUGAGAGUGUAACUACACCCGCGCACUGACAGACCGCCACGGUCCUCUUGCUGCUGCUCCUCCUCCUCCUCGCGCGUCAUCGCGAAAGAGUGUGGUGUUGCACGGUGAAAUGACGGCAUCUUGUUGUGGAUCACGAUAAUCGGACGGCGAUCGUGCGGGGUGACAGUGCCGGGUGGCGGGCGGAAGGAAGGUCACCGGUGAGCACUGCGACACGAGAUAUAAACGGGGCUUACCAGCGACGUACGGCUCUACUAAACGUUGACGAGGCAGAAAUGGCACAGCGGGAGUCUCGGUGAGGAAAGGGCGAGGGUGAAACCCUCGCAGGAAAAGGGAGCUAUGGUGAAAAGCUUGGGUUUCCUCGCCAGAAGGGCACCACCUGCUGUCCACCUUUUCGUCGUUUUGCUCGCGCUCGCCCCCGCUUACCACGGCGUGGACCUCUCCCAAUGCAUCGCGCCGCUCGGCAUGGAGUCCGGGACAAUCCCGGACGCGGAUAUCAACGCCAGUUCCAGCUUCGACACCGGAAACGUCGGACCCCACCUGGCACGAUUGAAAUCGGAGAACCUCGGUGGCGCCUGGUGUCCCAAGAACCAAAUCACCAAGGAAGCUCGAGAGUGGCUGGAGAUCGACCUUCAUACUAUCCACUUGAUCACGGCCACCGCUACCCAGGGCCGUUUCGGAAACGGCGUGGGUGUUGAAUUCGCAGAGGCGUAUCUGCUGGAGUACUGGAGGCCGCGACUGGGCAAAUGGGUUCGGUAUAGAGACAUCAAAGGAGAGGAGGUAAUACAGGGUAACACGAACACGUAUUUGGAGUCCAAGCACGAGCUGGAGCCGCCUCUGUGGGCGAGCAAGAUCCGUUUUCUACCCUACAGCUAUCACAGGCGGACGGUUUGCAUGCGGGUCGAGCUCUACGGGUGUUACUGGAGCGACGGCGUGGUGUCCUAUUCGAUGCCCCAGGGCGAUAAAAGGGGCAACGGAUGGGAAUUCUUCGACGCGACCUACGACGGCCACUGGGACGGCGAGUUGCGCCGUGGCCUGGGUCAGCUGACGGACGGAAGAACGGGGCCUGAUAAUUUCAAAAUGCACAACGAUCGCGCCCAGGGCUGGGUGGGCUGGAGGAACGAUAGCCGCGGCCAACCGGUUGAGAUCAAGUUCGAGUUCGACAAAGUCAGGGAAUUCUCCGCCGUCCAUAUUUACUGCAAUAACGAAUUCACCCGAGGCGUUCAGGUGUUCUCACAAGUUGACAUACUGUUUAGUAUUGGCGGGAAAUACUACACGGGGGAACCCAUUACCUACACGUACAUGGAGGACAAGAUCUUCGAGACUUCCCGGAACAUCACGAUCAAGCUUCAUCAUCGAGUUGGGAAAUUCGUUAAGCUGAGACUCCAUUUCUCCGAUCGAUGGAUCAUGGUCAGCGAAGUAACCUUCGAUUCUGAUAUAGCACACGGCAACUUCACGCCCGAGGAAGCCCCGACUACCGAAUCACCUAUCCAGAGUGACGUCUUCGUGGAGAAGAACGGCGCCGCCGAGGGCGAGCUUCCGGUUUCGACAGCGAAGCAUGACGACCCCACGUACAUGGCGAUCGUGAUCGGCGUGCUGACCGCCGUAAUACUUUCACUCGCCGUGGCGAUAUUUCUGAUUGUUUCGCGACACAGGCAACGCAAGUGCUUCGCCAGCCCUAUGACCGGUAAAGCCCCUUCGCAUUUAGGAUCCACCUGCGCCACCGUCGAGAAAGGCGCGGCUCUGAUGGCGUACACCUUGGAGGACGACGAAAGAUACGCAGGCGGUUCCUUGCCGACUUUGCCGCGCGACCUCGGAAAUCGUCUCCUAGACAUCGUGAAAUUGGACGACUACCAGGAACCGUAUCAGGCGCUAAAAUACGCGCCGUACUACAGCUACAGCACCGUCGUUAUGGAGAUGAAAGACAUGAUGCUGAACAACAAGGGCACCAACAUCAAUCACUCAGGUAUGCGACGCUCGAACGCAUCUACACCCUACAUCUGUACGACGUCUACACCUAUAUUCAUUCGCGACUACCCGCACACGUACACGCUCAUACACACACACACACACACACACACACAUACACGUAUAUGUACGCACUUCGCGUACACACAUACACAUUCAAACGCCAUGGCUCCUGUGCCAACGGCCGUGCACCUACAUACGUCCCGGCAACAAAGCAUUCGCCCUGACCGCAAUCAAUACGCCAUCCCCUUCUGCGCUCGCUCCUCCUUUGCUAUAUCAUCCGCAGCGGUGUACGCGAACGGUGCAGUUGACACGUCGUACGAUUAUGCGGUACCGGAACUCGGCACGGUGCCCCUGCUCAAUCAGGAUGCUGGCGCCGGCCGCGGGACGACCGUCUCCAGCGUCACUGGCGAUCAGGACGGCUUCUUCACCAAGAGUUCGCGGGGCACGAAGACCGAGGACAAGAAGUCGCCGACUCAACAGGAGGUACUCUCGGCCCUGAAGAGACGUCUGGAGCAGACCAGCGUACCGCUCUUCCCACGGCAUCGCCUUCGCAUGCUCUCCAAACUCGCCGAAGGCGCCUUCGGGACGGUAUACGUGGCGGAAGCUGAAGGGAUUCCGGAAUACGGAACGACGACUACCCUCGGCAAACGGCUCGUCGCCGUCAAGUUUUUACUGCCGGAAGCCAGCGAGAAGGAAAAGUUGGACUUCCAAAGAGACGUGAGGAUUCUAGCUGCUCUGGAGGAUCGCAAUAUCGCACGGGUCCUGGGCGCCUGUUACCGCGAGGAGCCGUACUGCGUGGUGAUGGAAUAUCUGGAACACGGGGAUCUCUGUCAGUUCCUCAAGACGCAUAUCACUGCCGAGGACGCGCAUUCCAUGCCAAUUGGCGUCAAGACUCUCAGUUUCAACUGUCUCAUCUACAUGGCGGCGCAGAUCGCGUCGGGCAUGCGGUAUCUGGAGAACCUGAACUUCGUUCAUCGAGAUCUGGCUACUAGAAACUGUUUGGUCGGCAAGGCUUAUCAUAUCAAAAUCUCGGACUUCGGCACGGACAAUGAAUUGUACGCCUGCGAUUAUUACAAGGUCGACGGAACGAUGCCGUUGCCGGUGCGAUGGAUGGCCUGGGAGUCAAUAUUUCUGGGGAAGUACACGACCAAGAGCGACGUGUGGGCUUUCGCAGUCACCCUCUGGGAGAUUUUGAAUCUCGGCAGACGUGUCCCCUACGAGCACCUGUCCGACGAGGAAGUGGUGCAGAGCCUGCGGCAACUGCAUCAUGCCGCCGACUGCAGCAACGCCAAUCCCGAGGACAGUUGCAAGGAGGAUUCCAGAAACGGCUUCGAUUACUUGCCGCGACCCACCGCCUCCUCCAAGGACAUCUACGAUCUGAUGCUAGAGUGCUGGCAACGGGAGGAGACCGAGAGACCGACUUUCCGUGAGAUAUCGCUCUUUCUGCAACGGAAAAAUCUUGGAUACGCGCCAACGUCCUGAUAUUGAGCCCCAAAUUUCGGCGAGCGCGACGUUCUUAAUAGUCAUACCGCGAAACGGAACAGUUCGCUCGUUUCUGGAAUGAAACGGCGAGUAUGCAACGACGGUCAAUGUUCUUAUCCGAGAAGCUGCAGGGACGAGCGAAUAACGGUCGAGCGAGUGGGAAGAAUGACUGACGAGGAAAGAACACGAGAGACGGGAGGACAAUUAUGUAUCGCGACAUCGAAAUGAAGUACAACAAUGGAAUUUUAUUGGGCGGCAACGAAACGAGGCUUCGAAGCUUGGAGUUUAUGACUUAGGGAAUCGAUCGUCCUUCAAUUUCGUCUCGAUUCACAUGUACUUUUGUUCGGACAACGAGUAUUAGCGGACAGAAAAUAAAAUUAGAAGUAGAUAGAAGAGUUAAGUGCGGGUCUUUGAGGAUCUUACGACAUCAAGUUUUGUCGUGCGAUAGUUCGAGGUAACGUGUGCCGCGAAUACAAAUACUGAUCUCCAUAGUAGAAUUCUCAGUAGCAAGACUGUUCGAGCAUAUCUUAUCGAUUUAGGGCACGAGACACGGCAUCGGAGCUCGACGCGCGAGUAUUCACGGCAGAGUAUCGCGCGAAGACUUACGUACCGUACGCUAGACGUAGGACUCUUUUUCGAAGAAAAGCAUAAAAACGGAAAGGCGGAAUUUGUGAGCACGACAAUCGGACGCGAGAGCGAAAUAAAAACUUCUGUCGUAGAUAAUCGUUCGGCGAAGAAUCUCCACAACUAUUUAAAGGAGAUUAUGGACGUUUGUGAGACCUGUGACACACCGAGAAGGAUCCUCUCGCAAUCGUCGGAAACUUAGGAGCAAUACCAUGUAACUGUAAUACAGCUACUAUGAACAUUCCUGCACGGAUGGAAUACCUAUACUUGCGCAAUUAAGAAGAAUCGUUACUUAAGGAAAUUAAUUAGAGUUCCCCUCGGGAUUAUAUCAUUUUAAUAAAUUAAGGAUUCGACGAGAAAUGUGUGAAUCACAUCGACGUAUGAUAAUGUAACAGCUACGAUAUUAGACGCUAUAACAACCGCUCGAGUUGAUAUCGCAAAGCAUUAUAACUGAGUGUAUUUUAUGAACGUGUGGGUGCCUAUUUCCCCCCUUUCUCUUUAUCUUUCUCUCCUUUUACUCUCUUUCAACGUGUAUCGUCCAGACCCUCUCCGGGGCCUAUUUGUGAGACGAAUUUACAUGUGAUUUACAUUGCGAAAUUCUUUAUCGUAAGACAUAUCGCGAAGACAUACGGCAAGAUGACGCCGAUGAAUUAUCUAAUAGUGUAAAAAUUAAACAUCUUUUUAAUGCUAUUUUUGGUUCGUACAGAGAUCUGUGUGAAAUGUAAUACACGUGAAAAUCCUAAAUAACUUUAGAAGCAGUCAGGCGCUGAAAGAUUUUUCGAUAAUACAUGUUUAUUCGAACGAUGUAACUAUUGCAAUCACAGUUAACGUGAAUGGGAUUUGUUAAUAUCGUAACUAAACGAAUAUCAUUAUAAGCGUAAGAUAGACAUGAAGGGUAAUACAUUUUAUCUAGUUCUGCAUUGGAAAACGGUACUAGAUUAAGUAUCAUGACUAUGACACAUCAUAAUUGUAACUUUAUAUGAUAGGCGGGAUCAAUGAAAUUAGGAUAUUGUAUAUAUACAUAUAGGCGUACCGUAGUAAGAAGCGUUAUCAUUACAUUUUUUUCAAGAGUAGCAAGUGAAAAUCGAAUUGUCUCCGAGAUAGCGUUAUACGCUCGCUUUGGUAAUUUGGUAUCAACGUGAAGACGUAUGGCAAUUGUUUAGCUUCCGGUAAGUUAUCCGUAGCGAAUGCUAAUAGGUUGACGAAAGUUUGACAUAUCGGAACGUAUUAUACUUUCUUAUAGAAUUGAAAAAGAGAAAAACGUGCGCGAAGAACAUAGCGAGCGGUCAUAAGUCAUUUUUCAAACGCUUCGAAGUUAACGAACUUACGCUCGCGUCGCGUAUCUUCACCAAUCUCACGCAAAUCCGAUAAUAUAUUUAGAGCGACUUUAAGUUUCGUGUAUUUAUACAUCAGAUGGACACUAUAUAUUAUAACUUAUGCGAUAUUUAGCGUAUAGGCGAUGUUACCGUUAUAUCAUUAAAAUAUUAUUUAUAUAAAUUAAUGUAAUACCGCGUAAGGAGUAGAAAUGAUACGAGGAGGCACAGCCAUACGUAGUUGAAAUAUACGCGUUGAAUUUAAACGUAACUGGAAUUGCUUCUACAUCAGUGAGAUAUCGCGAUCGUCUGAAGCGAGUGGCGGAGAGUACAUCGGCUAAUGCGAAAUCGCGUAUAAAUUUAAGAGGUAAUAGAGAUAGGCAAUACCAAUUUUUGAUCUUGCCAGAGAUAAAUAGUAAAUAGCCAGUCGAUUAAGUCUAAGAGCGUUAAGUCUAAUUUACAUUUUGCAAAAGAGAAUAUCGAAUCAACAGACAUAUAAUUUCGUGCUGUCGCGAAACUUUUGGCCAAUCGAUUUUUCACGCGGUUGUGACUGAGUUGAAACAAUAAUAUAUAUCGUCGAUACGUCUUUAGUCCAAAGCAGACUGCCAUUAUAUUUCUAGAUGAUAAUAGAGAAUGAAUUGUAGUUGCGUUUAGAUUCGCCAAUAUAAGCAUAACGCUGCCUUUGGCUAUAUUGUUGCCCUUUACUGCUAACGAGUAACUUACUUGUCUACUCAUGUGAUAAUUUAGUAUAUUUCUACGUAUCUACCUGUACCUACCGAUUUAAAAAUCUUCAUGGUGAAAGGAUUAUUCCAAUAUACUUUGUUUUUAUUAUAAAUCAUAAUAGUUCAGAUAAAAUAUUAUUAAUCAAUUUGAAAAUAAAUGUGAGGAAUGAUGAAAAACCUGUGGAUCCUACGUUCUAGCAGCUUUAUCAUAUAAAUCCAGUAGCUGCUCCCAUAAUUUAUUAUUAGAAGUUAGUGAAAUAGAAUAAUGUAAUAUAAUAUAAAACGUAAAAAAUAUGCAUAAUCCUUUCUCUAUGCAAAGAUUCGCUAUUAUAAUCUAGAUAACUUACUUCUACCUAGCGUGCCCUUUUUCCAAUGAUGGUUAAUUAUAUUCUUUGCGAACAAUUCGAGCUCUAUCAAUGGCAUCACUGAGGUAAAUAUUCAGAAUUGCAGUAUCAGAAACGGGAGUAAAAAUAUUUUGUUCGAGAAUUUGUGAACACGCUAGUUCAUAAAGUUUCAUUUCUUGAAGGUCCUACAAGCCGGAUGAACUCCGACUUUAACUAUUAUUUUAAUUGCAACAAUAUUUCCUUAUCGUUCACUAUAUAUUCAUUGCUAAUUUCUUCGAUAAUACAUUUUAAAUGCGCAUAAUUGACAAUCACGCUUGCCUCGGAAUUAAAAAAA